CAUUCAACGAAUUAAAUCUGAAGAAAGAACGAAAUUAUAUUUUUUAAAGGAAGUCAACAGAAAUUAAAUCAAAUACAAUGAAAUCAGAAGCAACAGUUGCAGUUCAAAUCCAAGAAAAAUUACCGACGAAGAAAAAAGGAUGGAGACGAUUCUUGAGCUUUUUCACUCUUGGAAAAUCAAAGUCGAAAAAAGUUUCAUCAAAGAUUGAUCAAAACGUAAAGGCACCAAAACCUGUGACAAGCUCUAGUAGCAAAGCAAAGAUUUGUGCAGUCAAUUCUGAAUGUGAUGUCUUGCUGAACUAUGAAGCUCCUCGUACUGUUAAUGUUUUGCCAGUCGUUCCAGAAAAACGAAAACGUCUAAGUCUCAUGUGGAUGUUUAAGAAAGAAGAUGCUGAGAAGUCGAAGAACAAAUUUUUGACAAUCAAAACCUGUGCUGAAGUUCACGAUGAGUCAACAGAAUUGUCUCAAAAUGUCGAGUUGCUUGAUGUGGUUGCAACUGUAGUGGAUGGUGACAACACUAAUGAAGUAGAACAGCUGGAUUUAGAGAAUGUCAAAAAUGCUGAAGUUGAAUCUCCAUCGAAUAUCAAUUCUGAAGCAUUCAAGUUCCACGUCGGCAAGAAUCUGAUUGUCGCUUUAUCAGCUUGUCCAACGAUUGGAGAAAUAAUAGAGAACAACUUGCAAUGUCGUGAAUCAUCUCAUCUAAACUUCAUCCCAUCUAAAACGAAUUUGUCUAGUAAGGCAAUUGUUGAAGAUGUCGUUGACGAUGUUACUGUGGAGAUUCUAAUUCAAAAAGAAAAAGUCAUGGAAGAUCCAGUCAUCAAAAGUAACGACAAAUCAGUUGUAGAUGACAAUUCAGCUGAUAAAAUCCUAAAAGAAGAUCGCGAUGCAAUUGAAUGUUACAUUGAUGAGCUUAUUCAAGCUACUUGUGAAGUUGGCAAAAAGGAAUUGGAAUCUGAGUUUUCAAACCCUGAAAAAAUUUACAUAACCAUCAAUCCUCAAGUAAUUGACAAGCAAGUUACUGAUCAAGAAGUUAAGUGCAACCAUCUCAAAAUGUCAAGCCAGACAAUAAACACACAUGAAACUAAGCUGAUCUCAACACAAAGUGAAUUAAAAAUCAAAGAUUUUCCAGUUCCAUCCCGUGUUAAAUCCAAAAAGGUUGAAGUCCCAAAAAUCAUGAAAAAUGGACGAAAAUUCACCCAUCCAUACAGGAGACGCAUAAAAUUUGCAAAAUGCAAUAUGCCAACAAUUGCUGAACAAUCUGAAGAUGACGAAACUACCGAUGGAUCUUCAAUUAUGCUUCAUACAGAAGUUAAUAAAUCAAAUUCUAACUUGGAUAUUGCUCAAAACUCUAAAUCUUCUGAUCAUCUCAUUCAAAAUAAAGACGAAUCAGUUGCAAAUGAGGAAUCUGCUAGUCAAGUCUCAAAAGAAGAAUACGGUGCACAUGAUUGUCAAGACGUGAAAACCCUGCAAUCUGAAAUUAAUCAAGUUGCAUGCAAAAUCAGUGAGGACUUGGAACUUAAGUCAUCUAAGAAUGAAGAAGAAAACAAGCUGACUAAUCCUCAAGAAUUUCAAUGUUAUGAUCCAAAAAUUUCAAGUAAGAGCUCGAUCUGUUUAAAUAGCAUCGAAGUUGUACCAAUUACAUCUUGUGGUAAAAUCCUUGGCAAAGACAGCAAAAUCUUCAAUCACGGGGACAGCAAAAUCCUCGAGACAUCCUGCAAAACUUUUGAAUCAGCCAUCGAAAUCCCAAAAAUAGUGAAAACCCAACGAAAAUCAAGCAGCCCUUACAUGAGUCGCAUAAGGGAUAUAAGUUUCAAUAUGCCAACAAUUCAUGAAGAACCUGAGAAUAACCAAACCACUGACGAAGACUUUAAAUUACAUGAUAUUUUGAUGCCUGAUCGUAAUAUGUACCAAAACAGACCAAAGACAGCAUUAAGUCGUAGUCAAAAGACUCAAGGCAUCUCUGCUUUCGACAGAAAUAAGAUCGAAUUAAAGUCUGAAGAUGAAAUCAUGACUGUUCAACCUGAUUUUACAACUACUCUUGAUGAUGACAAAAAUGAAAGUAAGCUAAUGCUCAUUGGAGAUAAUCCAAUAGUAGGACAAGAUAGUUGUAAGCUAUCAAAUUGAAGGCAUCAAUCACUCGAAAACGUGACGAAGGAGUCGAAAUUAAAGGAGUCAAAGCCGUUUAAAAUCGAUCUUUAGUCAUCUGCAUGCACAUGGAGAAUAGGAACAUGCUACAAAUUUAUUGUAAAACGAAAAGAAUCACCAGAUCACAUUGUAAUUCUUUUAUUUCUGUUGCUGUUGCUUUCAGAUCAAACAACAAUGUUUGAAAGCUCCAAUUUUGGUGCUAAAGUAACUGCAAAUUCAAAGAUUGCUUGAAUGCUAAACUGUUAUUUUUCAAAAAUUUGAAUUUAAAUCUUCUCUUACCGUUAUUUUUAAAAUCAAAUUCAACAGUUAUUUGCAAGAAAGAAAAGGUUGUCUUUAUUGUAAUGAACUUUGGUAGUUUUGUUUUUUUUUACAAAAAUUGCAGUUAACAUUAUGGAAACCAACCUUUUCGGUUUUAACUCAUUAUUAAAGCAUGAGAGUUUAUGUAGAUAAUGUGAAGUUUAUAAAUUAAAUGAGUGAAUUGUUUAUGUGGUAAUGUUACAGGUCUUGGAAGUUUGUGUUUAAGUCGAUAUUCAAGAUGAGAGUAAUCAUAUUUUCCAAGAUUAUGACUGUCAAUUCUACGAUAGAAGUUGACUGUAAGUUUAUUGAAGAAAUCAGCCAUGAAUGGAAUCUUUGCUCGACUAUGUACUUCAAGAUUUGAGACGAAAUCAUCCCAAUUAAUAUUAAGAACGUAUCUCAAAAUUUUAUUUUGGAAAAUUUGGAUUUUGCUUAAG